AUGGUAUCUUCUCACCCAUCUUCCGCCCCUCUCAAUUCAUCGUCACAACUAACCAUCGAUGAUCUCCAACAACUUAUAACAACACUAGUGGGUAACCCGAUGAAUAAAAUUACAUAUUAUGUCCUUCCAAAUGUCCAAUUAUUAGACCAUAUACUAUCUAUCUCUCAUACUGAUCCAUUCAAUGAACAAUCGAUGAAAUUGGAUUUAUUAUACCUAAUUCUAAAUUUAGAACAAAACAUAAGAGACAGUUUAGGAACAUUAUAUCUUAAUCUAGUGCAAAGAAUCUAUUCUAUAGUUUCUAAUACCCAUAAUCAUAACAAUCUCGAAUUAUACAAAACAAUCCCGCUUAAUCAUCCAAUAAUUAAUUAUAAGUUUUUCAAACUAUUAAAAUUAACUAUACAAAAUUGUUCCAUUGAACAAUAUCCUCAUAUUGACUACCUUCAAGAAGGACUUGUUCAUUUAAUUAAUUCUUUGAUUAAUAACCCCAAAGAGAAGCAAGAUCAAGACCAAAACCAAAGCCAAACUAAUUCAAUCAUUACUUUAUUAGAUAUAUUUCUGAUAUUGAAUAAAUUAGAUCAAUUCAUUCCUUUAUCAAAUCUUAUCAUGUCUAUUGAAAAUUUACUCUUAAAUUAUUCCAAUAAAUAUUCUUAUCAAAUCGACUUUAAAUAUAUUCUUCCAAUCAAACUACAACAACAAAAGCAACAGACAAUGACAACAGACGAUGAUGAGCAAUUGAAAAAUAAAAAGAUGAGGAAAUUACCGAAAUAUUCUCCUUAUUCAAAUAAGGGUAUUCAUUUCGUUACUACAAUACCAAAUCCAAUAAUUAUAAACAAUCAAUUAGAUUCUCAAUUAAUUUCUUCAUCACUUGUAAUAUAUAUGGCUAUUUAUAGCAACAGUUACCAGACAAGUGAUGGAUUUCUCUCCCUUUUCUCGAGUCCAACAUUAUGGAUCAAUAUACCAUUUGAUAUCUUCAUCAAAAGUCUCUUAAAGAAUAAAAAUAACAUACAAUUAAGAUGUUCUGCAUUACAGUUUCAAAUAUUCCCUCUUUUAAAUCCACAUCUAAAACAGAACAAGUGGAAAUCUUUGAAAACAUUAAAAUCUUUAUUGCCUUUCAUUUUAGAAUCUUUCGAUUAUGAUUCAAUCCCAUGGUGGUAUGAUCCAUUCGAUGUUCUUUUACAAUUAAUCAGCUUGUAUAACGAUAAUAACAUGAACACUAACGUUAACAUUGAUACCAUCAACAAUAUAACCCCUGUAAAGACAGCUAACCCCAUGGUUUUCUUAUUAUCCAAAGUUGAUAUGAUUGAUAAAUUCUUAACAAUUUUCAGAAAUUGUUUAAAAAUUGAAUUGAAAUCAAAAGAUAGGAAAAACUAUCACAUAUCAAAGACUCUAACAAAAAUUGUUAAAAUUUUUGCGGCAUUAUCUUCUAAUGAUGAUUUUUAUCGUUCACUGUUACUAAAACACAAUGCCUUUAUCAUUUCUUUAGAAGAUUCUUUACAAACGCAUAUUAAAUUAAUUGAUCAAUUCGAAUUAAAUUCAAAACAAUUCAUUUCAAUUGCCGAUUUAAAUCAACAUUUACCUUCUUUUUACGAUUCAAAAUUAAUCUUAUCGUGGUUAUCCUUAUUAAAGUCUCUUUCAAGAAGUCCAAUGGCUUUGAAAACAUCAUUAAGAAAAUUUAAUUUGAUUCACUUGCAAUUAACCUUAUUGGAAAAGGAUUUAUCAUUUUUUCAAAAUCAUACCAGAAAUAACAACGAUAAGACAAUAUUGAAUGAACUAAUUAAUAUGGAAUUACAAAUUAUGAGUAAUUCAUUAGCAUGUAUUUGUAACUUUGUUAUGGAAUUCUCAAGUUUACAAACAUUUAUCGUCAAAAACGGUAUCAUUGAUAUUAUUCAAGCCAUCUUAAAUGAACCAUUUUUCAUUGAUUCGGGCAUUUCAUCUGACCAAAAAAAUAUUCAACAUAUAAAUCAAAUUAAAACAAAUUCUUUAUGGAUAUUAAGAAAUUUAAUGUAUAAUUGUCAAAAUUCUGAAAAAUUCCAAUUACUAGAUAAAAUUAGUAUGGAUCUCAUUCUGAAAUUUAUUAAUGAUCCAAAUUGGUCUGUUCAAUCUCAAUGUUUCCAAUUAAUUAGAAAUUUAACUUCAAAUUCAAGAAAAAUUAUUAAAUUACUUAUCGAAAAUUUUAACGAAGCACCCGGUUUUACUAUUACUACCACUACUACCAAUGUUCAUGAACAUGAAUCAAAAUCAAAUAACUUAUUUGAAUUCUUAUCAAUGAAAAUCAAACAAAUUAGUCCAUAUAAUGCUGAUCAAAGGAAGGCAUUGGAAGGUAUACUUUAUAUCAUUGUGAACUUAGCUGCACUUAAUGAAAACAAGAAAAAAUUAAUAAUGAAUCAAAAUGAAAUUUUAAAAGUCAUAUCUGAAAUAUUAUCAUCUGGUGACAACAUCAACUAUCAUACUGCCGUCGAGAGAAGAUUUAACAAUGAUCCAAGUUUAAAAUUAGCAAGUUUAUGGAUUCUAAAUAAUCUUUUAUGGGAUUCUACGGUAUCUCAUUAUUCUCAAUUUGGAUUAGAUAUAAGUCAAAGAAGAAGGCAUGGUGCCAGCAAUCAUGACGCGGACUCCUCAUCUUUGCCAUCUUCCUCCUCCUCCUCCUCCUCUUCUUCUUCAUUAGGAGCCAAUCAUGAGCAACAACAUCACCCUCACCAUCAUCAUCAAAGUAUCAGAGCUGAAUCUGAUGGUACAUUGUUAGAUUUAAGAACCAGAACUAAUGAAAAUAAUGGCAAUGUGUUUGUAACUACAGCCAAAGAAAAUACGAAUGAUAAACCGAUAAGUGCUGAUGAUGAAACUAUGUAUGCCCAUCCUAAUAAUAAUGACAAUGAUACAACACUUAGUUCAUCAAAUCUUCCAACCAAUUUUGCUGCAAUUAAAAGAUGUCAAACCCUUGAGGAUCUUGGAAUACGUGAGUUAGUUAAACAGAAUAUCUUCGACAAGACUUUGGCAGUGAGAGAAAAAUCAAGAACUUUACUAUAUCAUAUGGAUCUUCUAAUUAAAGAAGGUCUAGCCCCGUACAAAUAA